AUGGGAGACUGGUCCAUUCUUGGCCGCUUCCUAACAGAGGUUCAAAACCAUUCCACAGUGAUUGGUAAGAUAUGGCUGACGAUGCUGCUCAUCUUCCGCAUCCUGCUUGUUGCCCUGGUGGGGGAUGCUGUCUACAGCGAUGAGCAGUCCAAGUUCACCUACAACACCCUCCAGCCCGGAUGCAACAAUGUGUGCUAUGACACUUUUGCUCCGGUCUCACACCUGCGCUUCUGGGUCUUUCAGAUUGUUCUUGUAUCCACACCUUCUAUUUUCUACAUUGUGUAUGUCUUGCAAAAAAUUACCAAGAAUGAAAAGGUAGAGGUCAAGAAGAUUGAAGUGGUACCCAGGUCCUCGCCUGCACUCGACAGGGACAAACAUAUAGAAGGAGAUCAGGAGUCGGGCAAUCCUUACAGCAUGACCUACAACAACAAGGAUUGGAGCUCACAGGAAGGGGAGUGUGAGGAGAGGAGCCAGAUGGAAGAGGAGAUGAAGGAGGUAGGAAAGGACCCGACCGAGCUCUCCAGCCAAGUGCUACUUAUCUACAUCAUACAUGUUUUACUGCGUUCCAUUAUGGAGAUCAUCUUCCUCAUUGGACAGUAUUACCUAUUUGGAUUUGAAGUCCCACACCUUUUCCGCUGUGACACCUACCCCUGCCCAAACCGGACUGACUGUUUUGUGUCUCGAGCAACAGAAAAGACCAUCUUCCUCAACUUCAUGUUCAGCGUCAGUCUCGGCUGCUUCAUCUUGAACAUUGUGGAGCUGCAUUAUCUGGGCUGGAUCUAUAUUUUCAGAGUACUGUUCUCUGCGUGCUGCACAUGCUGUGUCUCAAACAGGAACCUUGUGCAGGUGGACUUAUACUCCGACAACAACCCACUGUUGCUUGAGCUCAAACACUCUUUACAUGGCAGGGUCCUCCUGCAGACCACAUCUACCAUGUCCUGUGACAAGAACGGUGGCGUCCCAAACCAGGCCCCAGCCAUCUCAUUCGAGACAGACUCCACACUGGAGUGUACAUCCAAGAGGAAUCCAGAAGAAAAGGAGCGCACCAAGACUAGGCUGCCCAAUAUGGCAAAGAUAGGAAGAAGCAAAAAGUCGUGGCUGUAA